CUUCUUCUGCUCUGAUGAGGAUUUGGGGACUUUCUUUUUUGAUUUUGCAUGCGUUUGGUUUCUGGGUGUAUGUUAUUUGCUCAUUUCUAGUGGAAAAUUACGUACCUUCUGGAUUUCUGGGGUGUGGCUGUGGAGAUUUUGUGGAUAUCUGAUUUCUUUUUGUCCUUUUUUGUUUGGCUCUUUUGGGUUGCUUGAGAUUUUGGCCCCUUUGGGAUGAUGGGGAUUUUCCAUGCUUGUGUUUCUCCAAAUAAUGUAAUCUAGAAUGCCUUUUGUCCCUUUUUAUUCUCCUUUUUGGAAAAGGGGGACAAGAGAGUUGGCUUUUUGUGAACUCUGUUUAUGAGGAGGGAAGCUGAAAACUAUGUAUUAGUCUGUUUUUCUUUGAUAUGUUUGUUCAUUUGAGAUUUGAGAAUGAGUAUGUUGAGGAUUUGCUAUCUGUUGUUGAUGAAAAGCAUAUUGUUGCAUUGCUUUAUCUGUGAAAAAAAAAAAAAAGAAAACAUUUUAAAUAGUUAUAACUCUAAAGGAGGAUGACCUUUAAGAAUGCAAAAGCAAUACCAACUGAGUUAUGUGAGUCUUAUGACCUUUUUUGUGGUUGUAAUCACUCUUUUUGGGAUGUUUGGAGGGGAAUUCUUGAAGGUUCUGGGUUUGAGCCUUCAGCAUAAAUUCUUGAUGUUUCUUAGUUAGGGCAGUAGAAGUAAGCUCCCAAGGGGUAGCCUCGUUGGCAAGGGCAUGCGGUCUCUGAGUAACACCUCCCCAGAGGUCGCAUGUUCAAACUUUCAGGGAGAAUGAUAGGCGUAUGGGUGAAGUAGCCAAAAGACCUCCACUAUACAUGGCUACUUAUGGGAAGCAAAAAAUGCGGAGCAAUAUGUUUCCAUCUGCUUCAGCUCGAGAAUUGAGAUGUUUUGACCUGGAAAUUGAGAAACAUGAUGCAUCAUCCCCUAGAGGAGUUUUGGAAGCCAGCUUACAGAGUUCGGAAUUUGAUCCCGAUCCUUCAAACGAUGGUAACCCUGAAUCUGAGACUCAACAUUCACACUCAAGGGCUCUUUCUCACUGGAAAAAGUUCUUUAAAUUAUGGAAAAAGAGAUCGUUUCGACGCCUAGCCUCUUUUCCUCCCCUUGGGGUGCUGAAGAUAUCGAGAAGAGUGGCCAGGAGUGGCAGGGAUAAUCCGGGGCUAAGUGACUUGUACAAGUUCAAGUCCUCAUUGGGAAACUUUACUUUCUCCGAGCUCCAAGCUGCAACCAACAAAUUCAGCCAUGAAAAUUUGAUUGGAAAAGGUGGCUACGCCGAGGUUUACAAGGGCCGUUUACAAGACGGGCAACUGAUAGCAGUGAAGAGGCUGACCAAAGGAGCGCCAGAUGAGAGAACUGUGUGUUUCUUAUCCGAGCUCGGCAUCAUUGCUCACAUCGAUCAUCCUAACACUGCCAAGUUGAUCGGUUGUGGCAUCGACGGGGGCAUGCACCUUGUUUUCAAAUUAUCUCAAAAUGGAAGUUUAGGAUCUUUUCUCCAUGGCCCAAAUGCGAGCAAACUCGAUUGGAGUAAGAGAUACAAGAUCGCUCUCGGUAUAGCUGAUGGUCUGCUGUAUCUUCAUGAUAAUUGUCAGAGGCGUAUCAUUCAUCGAGAUAUCAAAGCCGAUAACGUUCUGCUUACAGAAGAUUUUGAACCCCAGAUUUGUGAUUUUGGCCUUGCUAAGUGGCUACCCAAACAAUGGACUCACUACAGCGUGUCGAAAUUCGAGGGCACGUUCGGAUACUUCGCGCCCGAGUAUUUCAUGCAUGGGAUAGUUGAUGAGAAGACUGAUGUAUACUCUUUUGGAGUUCUACUGUUGGAGCUCAUAACCGGGCGUCGAGCCUUGGACGAAUUGCGGCAAAGCCUUGUACUAUGGGCAAAGCCUCUACUAGAUAGCAACAAUCACGAUGAGCUCAUCGAUCCCUCUCUCGGUAAAACUUAUGAUCUCGAAGAGAUGGAACGCGUGAUUCUAACCGCAUCUCUGUGCAUUGAGCAGUCUCCAAUCCUCCGACCUCGGAUGAGCCAGGUCAUCAUCCUGCUAAGAGGCGACAAAUAUGUAGCGGAGUGUGAAAAGAAGAGCACAAGGGCGUCGCUGCAACGGACGUACUCGGAAGAGCUCUUGGACGCACAAGAAUACAACAAGACGAGAUACCUUAGCGAUCUGAAGAGACACAGGCAGCUUGCUUUUGAUUCUUGAAACUUGAAAGUGAAGCUAAAGGAAGGUUUUUGCUUGCUUGUAAGGGGCUUGCUGUUUGUAGGAGGGCAGUGAAAUGGAAGAGCAAUGUGUUAAUAAUAUAGUAAAACAUAGUUUAGUUUUCUUUCUUUUUAAUAUAAAAUUACAGAUAGUGGAUGAUCAGCAGCCCUUGUACUUGUACUGCACUGUUUGAACACAAAUAUGAAGCUUUGUUGAAUUGAAGGUGAAAUUUCAACUA